UCUCCGCACUUGGCCCUGAGCUGGCCCGGGUCCCCUGGGAUGGGCAGGGCCAUGGGAAACUUGCUUAUGCUGUGGGUGGCUGCUGCGGGCAUGUGCUGUACCACCCCCAGUGCCUCUGCCUGGUCAGUGAGCAAUUUCCUGGUAACAGGUCCCAAGGCCUAUCUGACCUACGCCACCAGCGUGGCCUUGGGCGCUCAGACUGGCAUCGAAGAGUGUAAGUUCCAGUUUGCUUGGGAACGAUGGAACUGCCCGGAGCAUGCUUUCCAGUUCUCCACCCACGGCAGGCUGAGAGGUGCUACUAGAGAAUCAUCCUUCAUUCACGCUAUCCGCUCUGCUGGAGUCAUGUACACCAUCACCAAGAACUGUAGCAUGGGUGACUUUGAAAACUGCGGUUGUGAUGGGUCAAAAAAUGGAAAAACAGGUGGCCAUGGCUGGAUCUGGGGAGGCUGCAGCGACAAUGUGGAAUUUGGGGAAAAGAUCUCCAGACUCUUCGUGGACAGCCUGGAGAAAGGGAAGGAUGCCAGAGCCCUGAUGAAUCUACAUAACAGCAGGGCUGGCAGGCUGGCAGUGAGGGCCUCCAUGAAAAGGACCUGCAAAUGUCACGGCAUCUCAGGAAGCUGUAGCAUCCAGACAUGCUGGCUGCAGCUGGCUGACUUCCGGGAGAUGGGAGACUACCUAAAGGCCAAGUAUGACCGCGCGCUGAAAAUUGAGCUGGAUAAGCGCCGACUAAGGGCUGGCAACCGAGCCGAGGGCCGCUGGGCUCCCACAGAGACCUUCCUUCCCAGCGCAGAGGCUGAGCUGGUCUUCUUAGAGGACUCUCCUGACUACUGCACCCACAAUGCCAGCCUGGGCAUCUACGGCACCGAGGGCCGCGAGUGCCUGCAGGACGCCCGCAAUGCGUCCAGGCGGGAGCAGCGCAGCUGUGCGCGCUUGUGCACCGAGUGUGGGCUGCAGGUGGAAGAGAGGAGAACGGAGGCCAUGAGCAGCUGUGACUGCAGCUUUAAGUGGUGCUGCACCGUCAAGUGUAGCCAGUGCAGGCGCACUGUGAACAGGUACUACUGCACACGCCCCGCGGGCAGUGUCCGGCCCCGGGGCAGGGGCAAGAGCAGUGCUUGGUAACACCACCACAGAUUCGCUUGCUGCUUAGUUGCGGGACAGUGGAGGUGGGGAUACAGCUUCUGGCCCAGAGGACACAGACUGGAAAACAAUUGGGACAUCACAGGGUUGGCCUGUAGACCUUAUGAUAGCUGUCAUAGAUCAUACAGCGUCUUUGCAGAGCUGAAAUCUGAACCUGGUUCUCCUGGACCCAGCCUUUCCCCGCGCAGUCACUCUUGGACUUACGCAGCUUCUUAAAGGAGGAGUUUGAUUUAGGGUGCACAUCCAAAGGACCCUCAAAGAAUUUGUUCCGUUAAGUUUCAGACCUUGUCCUGUCCAGCUGUGCUGCUGGGAGUUAGAGCGAAGAGAAGCAAAAAGAAAACAGUCCCAGGGCUGG